GCGGUGCGUGCAGCGCGGCGAGACCCUCCCCACCUGCCGCACGCGCUCGCCGCGUGACACUGUGGCGGAUAUUUACCGCCCCCCCUGAGGCCACGUGGAAAAGCGGCGCCACGAAGGAAAUAAAAGAGAAACCUCCAUCGGCCGGCCGUGGCGAGAGCUAGCAUUCGAGAUCUUUUCUCUUUUUUCAUCCCUCUCUCCCUCUCUCUCUCUCUCUCUGGUUGGUAGUGCGGUGCUGCGAAAGGAGACGACGAUGGAGGAGGAGGAGGGGCGGGCCGGCCUGCGGGAGCUCGCGCGCUUUCCGGACGUGAUGGUGGUGUGCUCUUCUGCCGGAUGGACGGACCAGAAGCACAUGCUCUACCUAGGCUUGCUGCAGGAGUCGUUCGUGAACCGGUUGCACGACGGCGAAAUCAGCUUCAGGGGGCUCUUCGAUCUCUCCCCAGGAGCUUCUGGGCCCAAGCAACCGUCCAAGGUUGACAGAGCAAAGGUUGAGCGGACCAGACCACCUUGCUGCGGGAAUCAGGGAGAUGGAGAGGCGCUUUGUGUGGAAGAAGAAGAAGAUGAUGAUGAUGAUGCGUCGUCCACUGAGACGGUGCGAGAGUCCUACUCCCAAGCAAGCGCGACGAGCUCUGGGCGAUCUUCCCCAUGCCAUUCUGGCAAGCGCGGACGCUCCCCUUCUAGCACUGCAGAGUUUGGUGACACGGCAAGAUUCUUACAAGGGAACUGCUUGUGCAUUUCUUCAGAGGGGUCGGAUCAGAACUUCAUCGACGAGGAUACGAUUACGAGAGAAACCGGAGAAUCAAGAGAAGGACGACGGCGCAGCAUCAAGCGACUCAAAGUCUGCUGACAUGAUCAAGCAGUUCAUCAUCCAUGAAUGCACAAGAGAAGAAGGGCACCGAGGAUCGUGAUGGCUGCCUCACUGGAGGUGGGUUUUGGAUUGCUUGAUGUAAUGUGAACCUGGUCGUCUUUGUGCAAGGAGCAAAAGGAACAUUCACGCACCGUUUAGGUUGUUCUUUGCGCCCGACUGAUGUUGCCUACUCACCCGGUGAAAUCGCCUAGAGAGUUCUAGAAUAGAGAUCAAGUCUCGAGUAACACCUAUUAUGAAGUCCAAGCUUGUUAACUUGAGUAGAUUUGUACAGGGCAAGUUUGAACACGGAUAGUUUUGCAGACAAUAGCUUUUUCGUCUCUGGAUUCUGAAUUUUGUUGAGACUGUGUUAGAACACAUGCGGAAGGUAAUAGACACGAGAGGUGCGACUAUUUUCUA